AUGGUGGGCAUGGAUGAAGGAAUCUAUGUGGAAAGGCUGUUAUCAGAUGAGCGUAGCCGUCCAAAAAGUGAAAAAACCUCAACUUCAGGCUCUGCAACUUGUCACCAAGCAGCGUUUGGAUUGACAAAGACACAAAAAUGCAAUUCUGGACAUCCAAACAAACCCUGUCUUGUUCUAAUCCAUGGCUUCGGUGGGAACUCCAAAUGGCAAAUCUUUUUCCAAGUUAGAGACUUGUCGAGAAGCUUCCAUUUGUACAUACCCGACCUGUUGUUCUUUGGAGAAUCUCACACCAACAAAACUGACAUGUCGGAUCUGUUCCAAGCGAUUUGUGUAGGUGGAAUGAAUGAAAAGACUGGGUGUGGAGAGUAUAGCGUAGUGGGGAUCAGCUAUGGAGGGUACGUGGCAUAUCGGAGUGUGAUUUAUGAGGAAGUGAUGAAGGUGGUGAUUGUGAGCUGUGGAAUAUGUAGUAAUGAUGAUCAAAAGGUGGAGCAGCUUAAGAACAUAGGAAGGGAUGCAGUGGAUCUUCUUGUACCAGAAACACCACCAGAUUUGAAGAUUCUGAUGAAGUUGUCUAUAUACAAGUAUGAUCCAAGUUGGUUGCCAGAUUGCUUGGUCAAACAGUUCAUAAGAGUAUCAUUUCUGUAUUCUAUUCCAACUCUCCAUUGGUUUAGAAGACCUUCUGACUCCAAACAUAACUCCAUCGUUCCAUCUAGCAAUGGUGGAAUUCUCGAAAAAGAUAAAAAGGGAGGAGAUCCAAAUCUACCCAUUCUAACUCAAGAAAGUGUUAUAAUUUGGGGUGAGAAAGAUAGAGUAUUCCCUGUCUACUUGGCUCAUCAAUUGCAGAGGCAUUUGGGGCACAAAUCAAAGCUGCAUAUUUUAAAGGACACUGGACAUGCUGUCAACAUUGAUUCACCUCAAUUCAUGAAUGCAUUUAUACUCUCUUUUCAUUCCUAAUCUUAACUUAUUCUUAAAAUGGUGCUUCUUUUAUUAGCUUUUUCUUUAAAUGAUCUCAAAGUAAACAAAAUCAAAUUAUACAACUCUCAGAGACUGUUCUCUCUGCAAACAAUCUAAAAAUAUCCCCAACUUGGAUGCUACAUGCUACAAGAUUAAAGGCUGUUUCAAAUAACUUCUCACUUAAAAAAGAAAAAGAAAAAAAAAAAAAAAAAAAAAAACCCUUUUUUUCUUUACUUAACCACAGUUCUCUAAUCAUUUUCUAUAAUGGUUGUGUUUCUUUUGAUAGAUUUAUUGCUGAGAAAUUUAUGAAUACAAAUUUCUCAAUGGUAUGAAAGUGGAUAAUUUGGGUUCUCAUUUCUAGAAAUAUAUUCAAACAAGUUGCCAAUGGGAGGAUAUUUCAAGUGGCUAUGAUAUUUGGGAAAAUUUCAACUAGGUUGUACUGUUGAGAAAAAAUCAAUUUAUAUACUGCUAAACUAGGAAAGUUGUAUCACUAAAAUCUCAAAUUAAUAAGUAUCAAGUGUUAAACUUUCAUCCGUGACUCAAUUUGGACCAACUUUUAGGACUUUAUCUUAAAGUCAUUAGUACAUGAUACGUGUAUAAAACUUCUUCAAAGUUCAAACAAAAGAUUAAAUAUAAUAUUAGAGAGAAACGUUGUGAAUUUUAUUAGUAUGAGUAGUUCAUCUUCAUGCCUUCCUCUACUUCUUUAUUCUUAUUCAAUCAAAAUUAUGUGAUUGACUACAACAUAUUUCUCAAGUUGAUGUUAUUAUUAGUUUGAGAUUGAUAUAACUACAACAUUUGGAGGUAUAAACUGAUUUUUUUUAAAAUAUAUUAAACUUUCUAGUGUUGGGACUUCAAAAAAAAAAAAAAAAACUUUAUAGAAAGAAAAAUUGAGGCCACUUAUAUACCAAAAAUAUUUCUCAAUUUCCAAGUGAUAUGGAGUAUGAUAGGAUCCCAAUCAAUAUGUUAUGGGAAGCAAAUGUGUUUGGGGGUAGAAAGUAAGCAUAGAGUGAAGAUUCAUAUUGGAAAAGAAGCAAACUCCAUCUGAUUUGCAAAAAGUAAAGAAAGAGACAACUUCUAAAACAAGCAAACUUUAAUCUCUUUAUGAAGCCAAACCAAACCCCACUUGAGCAAAAAAAAGAAAAAGGGUGUGACUGAGUCAGUUCUGAAAGCAUCUCAGGGGUAGGGGUUGAGCCUUAGACUGCAGAAGAAAAUGGAGUCCAAAAGGAUGUAUGAGAGAGUGACUGAUAUGGAAAGAGGUGUGACCAAAGCAAAACUGUAAAUGAGGAAAUUUUGGGGGUUAAUGAGUGGAAAGUUGAGUUGUUUGGGAACCACAAUAAAAGACACAAAGGACAACAAAAACAAGAGUGAGAAACAAGGGCAUUUAGUGAGAGAAAAGAAGGGCAUGUGUAUUAGGGCAGACUCUUCAGAUGGUAUGAACAGUUUUUGGCACCUUAACAAUGCACUUCCCUGACAAAAAA